GGGGUUGCCAGGCAACGCGCGGCGGCCUCAUGGCGGUGGCGGUGCCGCUGAGCGAGGCCUGGAUUCGCCGGCAGCCGGCUCUGCGGGGGCUACAGCCAGGUGGAGUCCAUCUCUCUGCAGGGAACCCAUGCAGCCAAAAUUGUCUCUCUUGGAGAUGGCCUGAAAGCCUUUAAAAACCUUCAGUCCUUAGAUUUGUCAAAGAACCUGCUUGCUUGUCUAGAGAUGAAAGAACUAUUAGGAAGUGUGAGAGAAAAGCUGCCCACCUGCAUUUUAACCUCAGGAGCAAAGAGGAUCCAUUGGAAAAAGACGAGUCAAGGGAAAAUACAAUGAGGAGUGAAGUGCUAGACCAAGAAAGCUUUGCAACAUCCAGUAUGAAUACAGAGAGCAACAGGACACGUACUGGUACAAAGUAUUCAUCUCCUCGCCAUAUGUCAUGCCAUGAUGAAAGAGACUCAUUUCUAAAGACAUCGUCUGUUUCUGUUUUGCCAACCAGCAAAUUAACUAAAGGAAACAAGGACCAGAUCCUGCUAGACAAUGCAAAUGCAAGACAGUUUCUGAGUCACAACUCUUUGGACAGAGAACAGAAACUCCGGUCUCCCACUGCCCUGCAGGCACAGACUUCCCUGCCCUCUCAGAUGAAAAGCAGAGCUGUGUCUGGUAAGGGGAAGUUUCACGUGUCCUUUUCUGAAGGCUCAUCUCUAGACUUCCUCUGUCCAGGAAAAAGAGAAACGGGAAAUAGGAAAGUGGACAUUCUGGACCUUGGCCGGGCUGCUUCUCCAACUAGGAGGCUGAGUCUGAGUGAUGAUGCAGGGAAGACCAACCUCAGGCCAGAGAGUUAUGAGCACCUGUACCUCCAAUCCUCUGCUAAUCGCAGGGAGCUGGUGAAGAGGCUUCAUGAUGAGAGGAAUGAGAAGACGGCAGCCGAUGAUGUUUGUAAUUACACCUCACAGUUUGCUAACGAAGUCCUGACUCCUGCCCGGUCCUCAUGUGGAGAUUUCCUGGGACAGCACUCAGAAGCGGAUGCAGACCAUGCAAGUCCCUUAAAGCUCAGCUCAGCUUCUACAAGCUUUGGAGAUUUCCUGUCAAAGCAUCGUUCUUUGUUAAGUGAGGUGUCUCUUGGGAAUUCACAAUCGGCUACAGCCUUAACAUCCACAUCCAGGAAAGGGCGAGACCCACCAGCCUGCCGAUCUCUCAGUCCUUCAAGAAUGGAGUUUAAGCAUACCAGCAGCCAGCACACUCCAGUAACCCCCAAGCACUGUUUUAAAGAGCCAGUAACGGAGCUUCACUCCAGAGAGCACAGCAAUAUCCCUCUCCAGACAGCAAGUAUUGUCAGCAGCACUGAGAAACCAUGUCUUCUUGUCACUGUCCUGCAGCAACUCCUGGAUUUAGUGGAUCGUUAUUGGAAUGGCUCUGGCUCCCUUUUUAUCAACAAGGAUUUCCUUGCUCCAGCACGCGAUUUGCUUGCAUACUUGAUGGCGGCUGCCCGUUCACAGCAGGACGUUUGCUCAGCCCGCAAAGCCGUGCUAGGUCCCAGCUCCUCAGGGUUCAGUUGCCAGCUUCCCAGGGAACAACCAAAGUAUUCUCAGCAGCACUGCAGCAGUGCCAUCGACAAGGCUAUGAGGAAGGUGGAAGAGAGUCAGAGCCCACCUUUCAAAGAACGAGGCAUGGAAGGUGCUGCUGCUGCUGCCGCCGUCACCUCCAGUUCCAGCUCCCAUGGAAUAUAUUCUCUCUCUUAUGAUGAGUUGUUAAGUAGAAAUGAGCAGCUGAAUGCCCAGGUGGACAUCUUAACUUUUGAAUUAAAGCAGCUUAAAAAGCAACAGGACACCAUCAGUUUGCUGAAGGAGAGCCAAAGGUCUCUUGUUUCCACAAACAACUUCCUUCUGCAGCAGCUGAAUAAAGAACAAGACCCUUCCGUUGGUAAAACAGGCCGUCUUUCAGAGAAGAUCCCUGAUGCUCCUUGUCAUGCCUCUUGCCCUGCGAGAACGUCCCAUCGUGCUUCCCUCACCUCUCCCAUUGCUUGGAAUCCAGAAAUGUUAAGCGGCUGUCCUCUCUGACAGAAAGCACAGAAUCACUUUCUUCCCAUGGUGACUGUCUUACAAAUUAUGCUUCAUUUUCACAUAACCAAUCAAUCAAUCUCUUUAUUACAGGCAGUGACCAGUAUUCUUCAUUUUCACAUAAGUAUAUUAUGAAAGCCUGUUGGCAGGUGUGCCUACUC